AGGGCGCGGCGCGGAGGCGCCGCGGGCGCGCGCGGGCCGGUCUAUGCCGAGCGGCGGGGGCUGCCAUGGGCCGGGGGCUGCUCGGGGGCCUGUGGCUGCUGCACGUCGUCCUGUGGACGCGCAUCGCCAGCACCAUCCCGCCGCACGUUCCCAAGUCGGUGAACAGUGACAUGCUGGUCACGGACAAUAACGGCGCCGUCAAGCUUCCGCAACUGUGUAAGUUCUGCGACGUGCGCGCCUCCACCUGUGACAACCAGAAAUCCUGCCUGAGCAACUGCAGCAUCACGGCUAUCUGCGAGAAGCCGCACGAAGUCUGCGUGGCCGUCUGGAGAAAGAAUGAUGAGAACAUCACACUAGAGACGGUUUGCCACGACCCCAAGAUCGCUUACCAUGGCUUUGUUCUCGACGACGCGGCUUCUCCCAAGUGCAUCAUGAAGGAAAAGAAGGGGUCAGGAGAGACUUUCUUCAUGUGUUCCUGUAGCUCCGAUGAGUGCAACGACCACAUCAUCUUCUCUGAAGAGUACGCCACCAACAACCCAGACUUGCUGCUAGUCAUAUUCCAGGUGACAGGCGUCAGCCUCCUGCCGCCGCUGGGCAUCGCCGUCGCCGUCAUUGUCACCUUCUACUGCUACCGUGUUCACCGGCAGCAGAAGCUGAGCUCGUCCUGGGACUCGGGGAAGCCGCGGAAGCUGAUGGAGUUCAGCGAGCACCUGGCCAUCAUCCUGGAAGACGACCGCUCCGACAUCAGCUCCACCUGCGCCAACAACAUCAACCACAACACGGAGCUGCUGCCCAUCGAGCUGGACACCCUGGUGGGCAAGGGCCGCUUCGCCGAGGUCUACAAGGCCAAGCUGCGGCAGAACACGUCUGAGCAGUUCGAGACCGUGGCCGUCAAGAUCUUCCCCUACGAGGAGUAUGCCUCCUGGAAGACGGAGAAGGACAUCUUCUCGGACAUCAACCUCAAGCACGAGAACAUCCUCCAGUUCCUGACGGCCGAGGAGCGCAAGACGGAGCUGGGCAAGCAGUACUGGCUGAUCACCGCCUUCCACGCCAAGGGCAACCUGCAGGAGUACCUCACCCGGCACGUCGUCAGCUGGGAGGACCUGCGCAAGCUGGGCGGCUCGCUGGCCCGCGGCAUCGCGCACCUGCACAGCGACCGCACCCUGUGCGGCCGGCCCAAGAUGCCCAUCGUGCACAGGGACCUCAAGAGCUCCAACAUCCUGGUCAAGGGCGACCUCACCUGCUGCCUCUGCGACUUCGGGCUCUCCCUGCGUCUGGACCCGACUCUGUCUGUGGACGACCUGGCCAACAGUGGGCAGGUGGGAACUGCACGAUACAUGGCCCCAGAAGUCCUCGAGUCCAGGAUGAAUUUGGAGAAUGUUGAGUCCUUCAAGCAGACAGAUGUCUACUCCAUGGCCCUGGUGCUCUGGGAGAUGACGUCCCGCUGCAACGCGGUGGGAGAAGUGAAAGAUUACGAGCCUCCGUUCGGUUCCAAGGUGCGGGAGCACCCCUGUGUGGAAAGCAUGAAGGACAAUGUGCUGAGAGACCGGGAACGGCCGGAGAUCCCCAGCUCCUGGCUCAGCCACCAGGGCAUCCAGACGGUGUGUGAGACGCUGGCCGAGUGCUGGGACCACGACCCCGAGGCCCGGCUCACCGCGCAGUGCGUGGCCGAGCGCUUCAGCGAGCUGGAGCAUCUGGACAGACUCUCGGGGAGGAGCAGCUCGGAGGAGAAGAUUCCCGAAGAUGGCUCCCUGAACACUACCAAAUAGCUCUUCCGGGCGGCCCGGCCGAGUCCGCGGAGGCCGCCCCUGUGGCCAAAGACCAGAGGCAGCAGGAAGCCGCCCCUGAACGAUGCUUCCUGGAACCCGGGGUCGCCCCACUCCCCACGCAGGGCAGAAACCCCUGCGGCGGGGAGGGGGUGACAGGAAGCAUCCUGUGCCUUUGACGUUGUCAUAGGAUAAGCUGUGUUAGCACUUCCUCAGGAAAUGAGAUUGAUUUUUUACAAUAGCCAAUAACAUUUGCACUUUAUUAAUGCCUGUAUAUAAAUAUGGAAUAGCUAUGUUUUAUAUAUAUAUAUAUCUAUAUAUGUCUAUAUCUAUAUAUUCAGCCAUACUCUGGAAAGAGGCGAGGAAGAAGAUCAAAUAUUCCCAGGAAAUGGGUUUGGUGGGAGAGCUCCGCACGGAGUGCAUAAGGGAGUGCUCUGGGACAGCCUCAGCACUUGGCAAUCACGCAUGCGCGGGUUCUCUGCGCACACAGAGGGGGCUCCGCCUUCCGAGGAGGGCUCCGCGACCCAGAGUCUGCUAUGGCCACGUUGCACUUGCUUUUGCAAAGUACUAAUCCCUUGCGCUGGGUCCUCUCCUGGCUGUGGAUAUGAUUACAGUCACACUAUCGGGGGACCAGACCCUGGGGUCCUCGUGUGCAUCAUCUCUCCUCAACUUUUCACCGGGGCUUCACGCCCACAUCCAAUUUGAAAACCUCCUUCCUGAGCUAGCUCAGAAACUUUGUCCCAUUUCUAGUUGUUUAAACGUUUGGAACCCCAUUUUUUCACCUUUACAGGCUGCAGAAAAAUCCGAAGGAUGAAUGUCCCCAUCCGUGAAAUUGCCACAUCUCCUACUAAUGAGAAAUUGUUCUUAAAAAAAAAAACAAAAAAAACACCCUAUACCUGUGUCACUCUUCUCUUUUUCCUAAGAGAGAACAGAUCCCUCUGGGGCUCUUUUUUUUUAAUUUUUCAUCCCGCUUGGUUUGAAUCUCGAGCUUUCUAUGCAAACUCCAGUGGGUUCCAUCCUUCUGGUCCGCUCAAGUGUAUUUUGGCUAAGUGGAAAGUAUUUCAGCUGCACAGCACUGCCACGGUCGGGACUCUUUCCUCAGGCACUCUGAAAAUGUGUUUUGCUUGGCCUGCACAGCGUUUAACAAAACCGAGCCCCUUUUUAAAUAUUUGGAGAUUUUGCAAAAAGAAAAAAUCUGGAUAUUCAAGUAAGACUAGAUAGCAGAUGGUCUCCAGUUCUCUCUAGUCCACAUCAUUCACAGAUCAAGGUGUGGACACACUUAGAAAGCUGCUUCACUUCCUUCCAUGAACGUUUGCGUUUUCCACCUACCCCCACCCCCAAGUCUGAGAGUUAAACCAGAAAUGUGCAUUCAUGCAGUCAUUCUCUGGUUAUGUAGUAUGAUUUUGAUUCCCUUCCUGGGGUAAAGAUAUGGAAUUGACCUUUUUUGUUUGGACCCAUUAACCCAAGUCUCUUUUGCUUGUAUAUUAAGAGCCUUCCCUUCUGCACUGGGGAGGGAAGCCCUUUACUCCAAGAAGCUGUCGUCAUGGCUACCGAUCUCCAUCACACCUGCUUCCCAACCUUUGCAGAAUUUGAAUGUGGGACACAGGAGUCCCAUUUAUUAGGAAAUCUGUGUCCACGUGGACAAGAACAAAGAAGAGCUUUAAUACUCCAAAGGAAACUCGUUAAUCCACAAACAAGUGUUAAUGCUGCAAGUAACAAUCUCUUUUUUAAAAAUGUUUUUUAAGCUUGUUUUCAGCCAAAUAGGAAUAUCAGAGAGGGACUAUCAGUGAUCAGAUCAGCUCUGCUUGGGUUCUGGAAGGUGUCAUCUCAUUGGGGUCUUAGCAGACCUGCUGAAGAUUGAAAUUAGGUGGAACUUUUAGGAAUCUUGCUUGGUGGGGGUGAGAGGAGAGUUCAGGACAGUUUGGCCGGAAGUGCCCAGCAAUCCCGUGCACUCUAGGGCUGUUGAUGCCGUCCCAAGAGCUGUUGUUCAUUGACCCCUAGUGGUGAGUUUUUAGAAUACUGGUCCAUCGAUGGCAUCUUCCAGGAUUCAAAAGAGCUUUAUCACGUUGGUGUCAUCAUCAGCAUAAACUGGAAUGUAGUGUCUGUCAAAUGAUACUGUGGCUUGUUUUAUGUUUUUUCUUCCUUAUUCGAGAAAAAGACCAAGGAAUAACAUUCUGUAGUUCCUAAAAAUACUGACUUUUGUUUCACUACUAUACGUAAAGGGAAAGUUUUAUACUUCUAUGGAACACUUUGGCAGUACUCCUGUAUUAAAAUAGGAAUGUGAAUGCUAUAUACUCUUUUUUAUAUCAAAUGUCUCAAGCACUUAUUUUCAUUCUAUGCAUUGUCUUUUAUAUAAAUAAAACGUUUAUUCGAUUGAAUAAAGCAAAAAUACUCAGGUCA